UUAUAAUUUCUAAUGCAAAUUUUUUAAAGAGUGGACUUGCUUCUCUUUUGAAGCCAACAUCUCUUCUAUCCACUAGAUUUCAUUCUAUUACUAUAGAAAUGAACAAGCUUAACAAAGAUGGACAUUUUGGCAAUUUUCAUUUAAAUCUUAUUUCAAAAACUGUUUAUAAUUAUCAAUCUUUUAAAGAAUUUACUCUUCAAAAUUUGUUUAAUUCUAAAUUAUUUUUGCAUUGCCCUGUCUCCAUUCAAAGUCAGCUUUUAAUUAAAAAGUCCAAAUAUUUUGAUGUAAUUCUUCCAAGUUUUGUCAUCACUCAAACUUCACAAAAUUCUGAUUUAGUGGUUAUUGACUUAAACAAUAAUUCGUCUUUUAAUUUAAAUAAAUUUCGUUUUUUGGCAAAGGUUGACAAUACGCAGCACUAUACACAUUCCCCAACAAUUUCAUUACAUUCAUUCUUGAAGAGUGUCAGUCAAGUUGGUGGCCGUAUCUGUAUUCAAAUAAAUAAUCCAUUUCAACAUUCAUUCAACGCUCGAUUUAUGCAAAUGAUUCCCUGGCAAAUACGUGUAUUUCUACAUACUUUGACAUUUGUUUGUUCAAAUAAAUCGAAAGAGUCUAUGGAUUUCUUUGGCGAAUACACGCUUGCAAGGGAUGGAGUGAGGCCUUUACUUAUUGAAUUGGAUAUUCUUUUACCGGCAAAUUCCAAAUGUAAAAUUGAAUUUGAAUUCGAAGCAGCAUUUUUAAAAAUAUCUGAAUUUCCUCCAGAUGCUAAUAGUGGUAUUCAUGUUCCUGGCGCUGUUCUUUCAAUUUCACAGAAUGAUUCAACAAAUUUGUCUAUGUUUAGUACAUUUACAAACAAAUCAGCAAAUCAAAAAAUAUUUGGCGAGCCGUUACUUAUUCUUCUCCCUGUGCCUGAUUUUAGUAUGCCAUUUAAUGUAAUUUGUUUUGUUUGUUCAACAAUUGCUAUUUUUUAUGGAAAUAUAUUUGCUUUGAGUACAAAAUUAAUGAAACUUUUCCCUAAAGAAGAAAAAUUGUUAGAAAAUGAACAGGAAUCUACGCUAACAAUUAAACAAAAAAUAAUUAAACGUUUUUUAAAUUUAUUUUCUCGUUAA